CUGUUACUCAGAUUGGAUUUUUUUUUAUGUUUGCAGGAGCUGAUCAACCGAAUUUUGCAAAUCCAAGCCCAUAACAAUCAACUGAUCAACCUGUUAAAAAAGGAGCAAAUUGCAGCUGCCGCAGAGAAGGCCUCAUCUAGCAAAGAAGAUGGCAAACCGAAAGACCAAAGAAAAUUCCAAUUUCCAACGUCCUAUAAGCGUCACAUUCUGUUGAAACUUUAUUAUCUCGGAUGGGACUAUCAAGGAUUCAUUACUCAGGAACAUACCAGCAACACGAUCGAGCAUCAUCUCUUCAAAUCACUGGUCAAGGUUUGUCUGAUCGAGAAUCGGGAAUCGUCCAAUUAUCAUCGUUGCGGCCGGACCGACAAAGGUGUCAGCGCAUUCUCUCAGGUGAUAUCGUUAGACAUUCGAAGCAAAUUUUCGCCAGAGAUUCAAAUGACCGAAGAAUCUUUGGCCAACGAAAUCAAUUACUGUGAAGCAUUGAAUAGAGUUCUGCCGGCGAACAUCAAAUGCGUCGCAUGGGCACCAUUUCAGAGUCCUUUGUUCAGUGCCAGAUUUGAUUGCAAAUUUCGCACGUAUCGUUACUUUUUCCCGCGCGGCUGUAUGGACAUUGAUAUGAUGAAGGAGGGAUGUAGUCAUUUGGAAGGUGUUCAUGACUUUCGAAAUUUGUGCAAAAUGGAUGUGGCUAACGGAGUCGUCACUUUUGUGAGAGAGAUAAAGAGCGCGAAAAUCCACUUGGCCAGCAAAAGUUUAAUCGAUCCAAGCUAUGACAUGCUGUAUAUGGAACUAACUGGGUCCGCAUAUUUAUGGCAUCAGGUGCGAUGCAUUAUGGCGAUACUUAUGCUGGUGGGACAGAAACUGGAAAGUCCGAAUGUGGUUGCUCAACUGCUAGAUGUAGAGAAGACACCUUGCACGCCACAAUACAGUAUGGCCAGUGAUGUCGCUUUGAACCUGUACGAUGUUGAAUACAAAGAGGCAUCGGAUUAUCAAGAAGGCGAAGAAUUCGAGCUGGUGAAUUGGAUCUACGAGGAAGUAAAUAUACGGCGAGUCUUAAAAACGCUGCAAGGACAGUGGACCAUCAGCAGUGUUCAAACGACCAUGAUGCAUGAAAUGCUGUCCCAUAUACAAGACAUUUACGUGAAUCAUUUAAAAAAGCCGACGUUCAACAGUCAAAUUGAAAUUCUAUUGGAAGGUGUACGAUCGAAACAGUACCAACCGUUAAUGACGCGUACACGAUGUGAAAGUUUGGAAAACCGAAUAGCUCAUUUCGCCAAGAAAAGGCGAAUCGAAGUGUCAAGAAAUGAGGAAGAAGAUUGACGGUUGAUAUUCUACGAAUGUAUGGUUAAAAAGCUACAAAGUACAUUACUUUAAAGAAA